UAUUCUUUACGAAGAUUAAUACACAUCUGCAUGCGCUCGGACCAAUUUUCGAAGUACUUAUUCCACUCGUUUGCUGGCAGAUCCAAAACGGCAUUUUUGAAUGCGUCAACUGCUUCUUCUGGUGACUGGAACCUUUGACCAUGCAGUCUGUUUUUAAUUUUCGGGAAAGUAAAGAAAUCCUGGGUGAUGACUUUUGCCAAACAAAUGUAACAGUUCUUUGCUCACUAAGAGGAAUUGUUGCAAUAUGACCCGCUUUUGAC